AUGACGGAAGUAGUCAACAAGCUGCACCAAUUGGUGGCAGGGGAGUCCAAGAGCGCCCGCAAGAAGAAGGGCAAACAGGAAGGAGCUACCGCAGUACCAGCUGCGCGCGAGCAGGCGUCUUCCGAUGCUGGCGCCGGCGGCUCUGAGGCAGGAAGCAAGGCCAAUGGAACCGACAGCGACAACUCGUACCUUCGCGACGUCCAGAAGAACAUCCGCAACAUCAACAAGAAGCUGAGCGCAACACAAAAGGUUGAUUCGAUAAUCGCAGCAAACCCCGGUGUCUCUCUCGACGAUCUCCUCGCAUCUCGCAAGAUCAACGCGGACCAGAAAGCUCAAGCAGAGAGGAAACCGGGUCUCCAGGCUCAGCUCGCGCAGUACGAGGAGCAAUAUUCAAACUACAAGAAGUACGGCGACGAGCUCGAGGCCAAGUUUGCGCGAGAGAAGGAGGUUCUUUCCAAGGCACACUCUGGUGAGCUAGAGACACUAAGGCAGACAUUCAAGGCGGAGGCAGCGCUGGAGCAACAGAAGAUUGUCAAGGAGAAGCUGUUGACACUGUCGCGCUUCUUGAGGGCGGCUGCUGCGCGUCGCCAACUAGGAGAUGACGACUCGGAUCUCACCAAGGCUUUCGAAGGCGCUCUUCUUCAGGUGUAUGGAGGUGACGCCGGCGCUGUCAUGGCAGCGGAAAAGCUGAUCGAGGGUGCCGAGGAUGGCGUACCAUCCACCGAGGGUGUGGUGCUCAGUGUUAGCUAUUCUCAGCUCAAGCAGGCCGCCCUUGACGAGGCUCCCUUCGCGGCUGAGGAAGCUUGGGUAGACGAUGUUGCUCAGUCGCAAGCUGCUCCUCCCGAGACCGAGGCUGUUUCUGACCUGACCAUUGCCAACGCAGGACUCACUGAGAUUGAUGCUGGAGCAAAGCCUGUCAACGGGACCACAGAGGACGCAUCGGCCGCACCAGCAGCUUCUAGCAUCGGAGCAGGCGCAAAUGCUGCUGCAGAGGCUCAGUGGGACAAGCCUGCUACUGGAGGCGACGACCCACUGACUGAGUCCUUUGAGAUGAUCCCAAGGGACCCCGCCGAGACCGAGACACCACACGUAGCUGCCGCCGUAACUAGCACUCAAAGCUGGGCUGACGACACCCCCGACCCAAGCGCAGCUCCUGCGGCACCCGCACCCGGCAACGAUGGCUUCUCAGAGGUCACCCACAACCGCGGCGGACGAGGACGAGGUCACUCAGGUGGUGAUCGUGGCGGAUACCGGGGUAGGGGCCGAGGUGGUCCUCGGGGUGAGUACCGUGGCGGUCGUGGACGUGGUCGCGGUGAAUUCCGAGGCCAACGUGGUGGGUACCGUGGUCCCCCUCGCGGCGAGUCAUCGUAA